AUGGGUGUAGAUGUAGAUGUGAACGUUUCCGCCGUGCCGCAGGCGGGCGACAUCGCGCGGCUGGAGCGCUUCCUGCGGCUGCUGUCGCCGGCGGGGCUGAUCCGCGGCCACGAGUCGGUGCUGCGCGCGCGCGCCGCCGUCGCCUUCCAGCGCGGCCACUACCACGAGCUGUACGCCAUCCUCGAGUCGCAACCGUUCAGCGCGCGCCACCACGCGCACCUGCAGCAGCUGUGGUUCGCCGCGCACUACCGCGAGGCGGAGCGCGUGCGCGGCCGGCCGCUCGGCGCCGUCGACAAGUACCGCCUACGCAAGAAGUACCAGCUGCCCAGGACCAUCUGGGAUGGCGAGGAGACCGUCUACUGCUUCAAGGAGCGGUCGCGGAACGCGCUCAAGGAGUGCUACAACCGCAACCGGUACCCCACGCCCGACGAGAAGAAGGGCCUGUCCAAGAAGACGGGCCUGACGCUCACCCAGGUGUCCAACUGGUUCAAGAACCGGCGCCAGCGCGACAGGCCCGUCCACACCCGGAGUGGCAGCACGAGUAGCACUGGGAGCAAUGGAACAGCUGCAGAUGUCAGCCUCUUGUGGGGCAGUACUACUCCGACCCUGUGCUAUGCCACUCAUGGGGUUCCAGGAACUGGUGGAGUGAAGAGUGAACCUGAUGCAUAUAUUCAGGCUGCUUACAGCGCUGGAUACGAUGCUGUUCUGUCACCUCAAUGAGAUGACAAUGCUCAU